CCUGGACACGCCAGCUAUGAAUGGCCGUUUCAUCGGGCUGAUUUGCUUUCAGGUAGACCUUCCAGCAGAUGCCUCCUAAGGGGAGGUCUGCGUCUCGGCGUUCGGCCAUCGUCGAGGAAAAACCGCUUGCAUAAACACAAAUUGUCAGAACUCGGUGCGGAUUCCAUGAUCAGCGCUGGACCCCCCACUGGCGCGCCGAGCGCGCCGGGGCGGCGUCGGAGGCGCCGCCAGCUCCAGCGCCGAUCCGAGAAAUCCGCGCGGGGCUCCGAAAGUUUAUGUUCAUGCUGUUUGUGAUUAUUCUAGAUCGGCGGCGCCCCGCGGCAAGGACCAGCUCGGCGCCGGCGUCGCGGAUUGGUCGGGGCCGGCCGCUGCCCUCGGCGGCGGGCUGCGCGCAGGCCGCGGGAGCGCCGCUUCGCCGGGAGCUUCGAGCCGCUGGGCUGUGGGAGGAGACAGUCGGGCCACCCGUGAGGCAGCUGCACGCGGCGGGAUGCCGUCUUGCAGGCCAGCAGGCGGCCGAGAUCUCCGACGUGCGCGGGCGCCUCGGGCGGUGGGCGUCGCCGCCCGCCGCGGCCGCGGGCCUCCGCGGGAAGCGGCGCAGCAUUCUGGCUCUUGUGGGGCCUCCUGGCUGCGCACCGGCGCCGCCCACCGGGCAGUGCGUGCAGCUCGACGUGGGGAUGGCGGAGGUGGGGCCCAAGGCUCAAGUCGGUAGACGGGCUGGCAGCUAAGUGUGCGUUUUCAAGUGUUUGUGUGUGCGUGUGUGUGUGCUCAGAAAAUGGAUUUGCCGCGCGCAGGUGCGAGGUACCAAAGGUCAUGAUGACGUACCGACGUUUUGGCUGUCCCAGUGUAUCACGUGCCAGUGCGAGGUGAAUGCCCUGUCGCCCCGUUCCCGCUUGAAGAGGCCACUUAGCUACUGCCUCGUUUAUAGGCGCCCCGUUUGCAGCGGCUUUGUGGGCGGGCGACCGGCUGCCGUUUGUGCAAGCCAAGCGGCACUCAAAGCACUACCAAACCGCAUCGGUCAUAACUCGAUACGUUUCGAUUUCUCUCGAUCUGCCUCGAGUUUUCAGUCGG